UUCAAGUCUUCGAGUUAUUCAUCUGUAAAGCUGAGAAGUGAAAACGUGUAAAGUUUAAAAAUAUUUUUUAUUCUCAAGACAGUGAAGGAGGUGUUUGAAAUUUUGUUAAAUCAAAAGUGAUAUUCAGAUAUAAAAAGUGUUGAAUUAUGACGUCUAACGAUGAAACGAAAGAAUUUAAAGAAGAAAACCAGAGUUUCGUUCUAAAGAAAGUCGGCAAGUAUUGGAUCCUAAAAACAAAUACUUCCUCAAGACGUCUUGCAUUUCUUGACGAUGCAAAGUAUGUUAAAAUUGACGAUAACAUUCUAAUAGCAGAUGAACGUUUAUUUGAAAUACACAAAAAUGAAAAAGGUGAAUAUUUAUUUCGACAUCUUGAGGAUAUUGCCUGCGAGACCUAUUUUUCUGUGACAGAAAGCUCAACAAAACGAUUCAUGAGAAGAAUUGAUACACCGGAAGCACCAAUAAACACGAACAACGACAAUAAUGAAAUGAAUUUGUAUGAUUAUGCUCAAAAUGAACAAGUCCAAAUUCAGUAUGAAGAACAAAGUGCCCGCCCUGUAAAUGACGAUUAUUAUGAGGAAGUUAAUUUAGAUGAAGGUGAAACAGAACAGUUUAAAUUAGUUAACGACUCUUUGCCUCGGGACGAUAAGAAAAUGCAGCAUUUUGACAAACAGUUGAAUUCGUCGGCGUACACUAAAAGCUGUAUCGACUCUUUAAACAUAAGAUCUGUCGGUGAAUUAAAGAUUGAAUCUGACGGUGAUUUAAACACUGGGUUUGCAACCGAAAUGACUGAAGGGCACGAUAGGUAUGAUCCCUUGGAGGUCGGUAGUACGGAAGAAGAAAGUGAUAUCAAUGUAGUAGACAUGGCACAAAACCCAUCUGGAGGAAAUCAACAUGAUGAGUUUCAAGUAAUCAUUGAACCAUCACAACUGACAAAGAUGUGUGCUAUGGAAGGGGAGAUGACGCUAUCGAUAAAAGAAAAGGCUCUCUAUUUCAAAGAUAAGAACACGGGAAUCACAAAAUACUCGUUUCCGUUUCCUUGGAUAAGAUGUUUCAAGAAAGACGAUUCAGUUUUCAGUUUUCAAGUUGGUCGAAAAUGUCCUAAUGGAGCAGGAGAUAUCAUCUGUAUAACGCAAGAAGCCAAUCAAAUUUAUAAGAAGUGUAUUAAAGUUAUGAAAGAUAAAAAAGCAAGUAUGAAAUGAGAAUAUUAUAAGAUAUGCAAAUAUCCCGUCGCGUGACAACACUAUUUCUGAUUGAAAAAAACACAACAAAAACAACAACAACAAGAAACAAAA